CUGAGUUGAAAAGAUUCGGGGGUUCUUCGAUUCUGAGUUUAAAGAUUCGGGGGUUCUUCGAUUCUGAGUUGAAAAGAUUCGGGGGUUCUUCGAUUCUGAGUUGAAAAGAUUCGGGGGUUCUUCGAUUCUGAGUUUAAAGAUUUGGGGGUUGUUCGAUUCUGAGUUGAAAACAUUCGGGGGUUCUUUGAUUCUGAGUUUAAAGAUUCGGGGGUUCUUUGAUUCUGGGUUUAAAAGAUUCGGGGGUUUUUCGAUUCUGAGUUUAAAGAUUCGGGGGUUCUUCGAUUUUGAGUUUAAAGAUUCGGGGGUUCUUCGAUUUUGAGUUUAAAGAUUCGGGGGUUGUUCGAUUCUGAGUUGAAAAGAUUCGGGGGUUCUUCGAUUCUGAGUUUAAAGAUUCGGGGGUUCUUUGAUUCUGAGUUGAAAAGAUUCGGGGUUGUUCGAAUCUGAGUUGAAAAGAUUCGGGGGUUCUUCGAUUCCGAGUUUAAAGAUUCGGGGGUUCUUUGAUUCUGAGUUUAAAGAUUCGGGGGUUCUUCGAUUCUGAGUUUAAAGAUUCGGGGGUUCUUUGAUUCUGAGUUUAAAAGAUUCGGGGGUUCUUUGAUUCUGAGUUUAAAAGAUUCGGGGGUUCUUUGAUUCUGAGUUUAAAAGAUUCGGGGGUUGUUUGAUUCUGGGUUUUUCGUUUCUACAUAACCCGCGAACAGGCAUGCUCUGGAAACGAGAUUCAGUCAUGCGCAAUGCUUUGAAAUUGAAACCAAAAUGGCGUCCUUUUUUGAAAGUGUUUGAAGAUUAUAUUUAUUUUGAAAUUUGAGAUUUUAACAAAUUGUACACUUUUUUCAUCAACAUUGGAAUGAAAGUGAGUUCUUUUGAUAUUGGACAUUGUUAUUUAUUGGAUAAAAAUGCCGAAAUAUGGAAUGGUUACUUACAAAAGUCGAAAACAAUCGGGUAAUAUCAGUGCUCAAACCGAAUUCGACCGUGCUUUAGCGGCGAAAAAUGACGAUGAAAAUACUGGAAAUCGUAGUAAAAACAACUUGGAAAGGACAAAGAAGUCUGAACUGAAGAUUAAAAGGGGUAAUAAACCUUUGGACGCUAGCAAAAAGCGGAAAUUAAACCCGUUAUUGGAAGAUGAACUGUUUGGGUUCACUGAAAGUGAUUCAGAGUCGCAUUGUAGUUCGGGUAAAGAUAGAACAUUAAAGAGACCUAAGUCGUCGUGUAAAAGUAAAUCUCCGACGAAACAAAACUCUUCAGACUCUUCUAUAAAAAAAGGUUCACCUUUUAAAAACAUAAAUUCACCAUUUAAAAAUAAAUCACCUUUGAAAAGUAAUUUAAAAUCGCCACUGAAGAAUUCACCUUCAAAAGGGGUUGAGAAGACAGUGAAGUUUGACGAUAAAAGUACGGAUGAUGCGUACGGAAGUUCACAGGAGCCUAAUGUAGCGAGGGAGACGGAUUGUGCAGUAGAGGACGAUAGACCAACACGGAAACAGGUAUGUUACAUUUAUCACUUAUUUACCGAGAUAGAGGGAAACAGCGUGUUUUGUGGCCCUGAGACCACCGAACAACAGUGGUCGAGGGGCCAUAAAAGACGCUGUUUUUCAGAGGUCUCAGUAAAUAAGUGUUUUAUUAUAUAGCAAGUGUCAAAGUGAAACAUGCGGGAACUCUUGAAAAAACUUUGCUUUCCACUUGCUGGUUGGCACAAGCUGCUUGUUCCUCACUUCAGGUUUUAUUAUUGACCAGUCAAUAAUUGUUGUUGACCAGUUGCCCCCUCGCCAAAGCAUGCAAUGAACAUGACGUUUGGUGGACCGUGAUAUGUUGGGGUGCACGGUAAAUCCGGAACCGGAUUUACCAGAUUUGGACAAACAUUCCGGCUGGAUUUGCCGGAUUUGAGAUAAACCGGUAAUGGGAUAAAUUGUGAUAAUUCAGUAUUCAAAAUGGCAGUUUAUGUUUUUUACUAUUUUUAGUUAAUGUCAGUUUAGUUUUUUGAUUGUGUUUUAAAUAUCUUUUUGUUAAUUAAUAACUUAAUAUUUUAUAAUAAUAGAAGUGUUUUUUAAACUUUAAAGCUGCCAAAUUGAUGGUUUAUCCCAUUCUUGGUGAAUUUUUUAAGGUGAAAACAGAAAUUUAAAUUCGGCUGGAUUUUCUCCAAAUCCGGUCGGAUGCCGGAAAAUUUGUUAAAUCCGGCCGGAAUUCCAGCCGGAUUUGAAAUCCAGUGCACCCCUAGUGGUAUGGUUUGUCCAAUUGCAAACAGGAAAAUUGAACUUUAACACUUGCUAUUUAAUUUAAUAAUAUGGUUUGACCACUGAGCUUGAUAUAUCUGGAGCAAGAACCUCAGUCAUUUGACAUAUGAGAAAGUAGGCCAAGAUGGCAGAAAUUGACAUGAAGGUUGUAAAAAGUUCUAAAACCAUUUUUCCCAAAUAAUUCCAAUGGCAUUUCAAUGUGAUCUUGCAUAAUUUUUAAGUCAUUAACCCAUUGAGUUGCAAAUAACCCUGAUGCGCCCUACUUUAUCAUUUUACUCUGUCUAACGCCAGAUGAUUUUACUCUGUCUAAUCAGGGAUAUUUUCAAGCACUUUAGUCUACUACCAUUUUUUAGAAGAAGAUUGAGUUUAUUUUUUUUGGGGGGGGGGGGAGGACGUCAAAAAUUUUUAAUAUAAACCACUUUUACGUGUUUACAUGUUGGAAAGGGGAGUUCCUCAAGGUGCCACAUGCACCGUGGUUGGUGCCAAGCGGAAAAUUUUUUAAACUUUGAAGUCUCUAGAUCAUCGGAAAUGGCAUUUUCAGACUUUAGUUUGGCCAUCAGCUGGCUGUAGAGCACAGAAAGGAAGUUGAUUCAGGCAGUGUAUAAUCUUUAUGGCAAUUAGCAAUUCUGUAACCUUACUUAUUAUUUUUUGGACACUGUCCAAAAAGAAAUCUCACGGAAACAAUAAUUUUGCGUAAUGUUUGCACCAGAUUAUCGGGACCGACAAAUGGUUCAUUUGGGACAGACUUUUUUGACUAUUUCUCAAAAUUAUCAGGGUGUCACACCCCCCCCCCCCCCAGCCGCGUUUGUGGUACACAUUUCUAGUUCCUCUACAAGAUUUUGUGUCUCAGAAGUGAAACAGUUUUCGACAGCUUUUUGAACAAAAUUGUAUAGAAAACAGGUUUUUAAUGGAACAUUUACAUUAAAAAAAUUAAAUUGUGAAAAAAAAUCAUUGUGGGGGAAUAUUGAGUUUCAAAACUCAAUUGAAGAUUGAGUAUUUACUAGUCUACCAUAUAUCGGUAGUAGAAAAGUGCUUGAAAAGAUCCCUGGUCUAAUGUCAGAUGAGUUUACUCUGUCUAAUGCCAGACGAUUUUACUCUGUCUAACACCAGACGAUUUUACUCUAGUGUCUAAUGCUAGAUCAUUUUACUCUGUCUAAUGCCAGAUGAUUUUACUCUGUCUAAUGCCAGAUGAUUUUACUCAUCAAAGAGAGUGCUGUCACUCAAUGGGUUAAAUUGUGUCAAUUUUGUUUUGAUGUAGUCGCCAUUCAAACACUUCUUGAAAAACAAUGUCGCAUCUUUAUCUCCAAAAAAGAAGAAAAGACUUGAUCGUAGAUUUUCAGCUUUGGUGAGUUGUAACAUAUAUUACGGUAUUAGGAUAUUGUCAUAGCGUCUGAAUGGAUUUUGCUAACUACAGACAUAUGAAUAAGUCAAAACAAUGAUCAAGUCACUGAAUGACGUAUGGAGAACAGUGGGAUUUUCAAAACAAUGAAAAAGACUUGAAACAAGUUGACAACUGAAUCAUGAUCUCAAAACAAUGAGUGCACAUUGGGUUGCAAUUAUGUUACGAUGUCAGGGUUCGUACGGGUCCUGGAAAACCUGGAAAGUCAUGGAAUUUCAAUAUUCCAAAAUCCAGGCCUGGAAAUCCUGGAAAAUCAAUUUUAGUCAUGGAAAGUCAUGGAAAAUUGAAAUUUUACAUAACAUUAACAAAGUAUUUUACUUACUGUAUUUCAAUUUACCAGUCAUAACAAUAAUAUGAAUUGUUGUUAUAUAACGCCUAACGGAUUUUUGCAAGAGCAAAGUGAAUUUUGUUCAUUAUUAUAUCUGUUAUUGUUAAAAUAUUAACGAAUUUCAGAAAUUCCAGACUUCCAGGUCAUGGAUUUUGAAAAAAAUGGUCAUGGGAAGUCAUGGAAAAGUCAUGGAAUUUUAAAUGGAAAAAGGUGUACGAACCCUGUGAUGUCCACAUAUGACAAAUAUGAGGUUUUUAAACAAACUGUUCCCUUUCAUGUUUCUCCCUAGCCUACAAACACUGCACAAAGUGAUGAUACAAUGUCUGAAGAUGAUUCCGAAGAUGUCCCGCAGUUACCAAGAGCAUCCUCAUUGCCAACCGAGGCAUCCUCGUCAAGAGUUCGAGUUAAUCGUGAGGAAAAACAGGUACAGCCUAUACAUACAUAUGUCAAGUUACUGUUCGCAUCUAAGAACAUACAUUCAUCUAGGUACGUGGGUUGUAGCAAAGUACAUUAACGAAUUACAAUUUACAAGUAACGAGUAGUUUUUUACUACUUUUUUAUAAUAGUAGUUGUGGCUAAUAGUAUUUGAUAAGUUUUGAUCUGGCCAGUCAAUAUUAUUAAACUAUUAGACUCACACUGUUUGAAUCCUUCAAGUCAUUACAAAUAUUAUGUUAUUUGUUAUGUAGUUGUUUACUGUUGUUCGAAACGUCAAACACAAACAUGCUUGUUUGGAAGAUGGAGAAACACAACAGGUAGCAAUUGAUUGUUAGUAGCAUGGUUAGGCCUAAAAAAUACCUGUGGUUCCGGUUUUUAUUGCAAAAAAAUUAGGGGUAGGUAGGUCGGAAAUAUUUUUUUUUUUGAAUAUUUUUAUGGCUUUGGCGGUUUUUUGCUGGGCAAUUUUCAGUAGAGUCCCAACAUCAAUAUUAACUAGAGAUGCGUAGUUCCUACAGACGAAUUUAGGCAACACAAAUAAUUAUUGUGACAACAGAUGCCAUUUUGGCAUGUAUAGGGUCGGCAGAAAAAGAUAGGGUCGGUUGGGAUUAAACCAGAACCACCGGGAUUUUUUUAGGCCUUAGUGCAUGUGUCAUUCAUGUCAGUCAGGGCUCAAAGUAGUGAAAAAAUAUGGCCUGCCAGUCUAAAAUUUUUUGGUAAGGGAAAUAAAUUUUAGCCAGCCAUUUUUAUUCAUUGAACUGCCAAGACUUAUGUUUUUCAAUAUCCUCUAGUUCUUCGAUGAUGUUGAAUUUGCUCUCGAUGGCCUAAGACAAGAUCUGUCAUUGGCAGCACGUUGUUCAAGCGCUCUUGAUCUUGCAUCACAAUGUUCCACCUCGUCAUUUCGAGCGAAUCUUCGAGCUCAUGGUUUUAUAGCAAAAAUAUUUGAUUGUCUGCAAGAUGCUCCAGCAAAUAAGGUAGGAAUGUGACGCAGAUUCUUAUAACUUUUGUAGCAAGUGUUUUGAAGACCUGUCGUGAAAUAUUGCCACUCCAGGGGGUGAGAUAAAUUUAAAUUGCAGAAAUUUGGCUAGCAAAACGCAGCCUUUAUCCUGUUUAAUGUCGGAUUAUUUUACUCUUGCUAACGCCAAGUAAAAAAAAUUAGUAGUUUCUCGUCCCCGCCUGCAUCCUUUUUCCCUGCCUCAUGGAUUUUUCUUUGUACAUUGUUUUAGACACUGGCUCUUUGCUCGUCCUGUGUGUUUUACAUGAUAACAAGGGAUCAAUUGAGUGUGGACUUUGACCACUCCAUACUAGGUAUGAUGUGUUAGGCAGAUGAAUAACUUAUUGCAACAAGUCCUUGUUCGUUUUUGGUGCCGAGAUUGACUUCAUUUUGUGUUUUGUUUGCAGAAUUACUUCUGAAGUUGCUCUGCAUAAAUAAACAAAGUCCAAAAUCCAAAGUAAAUGUAAAGAAAAACCUACAUGAAGAAAUGGUUAAAAAAACAAGGUGAUUAUAAUUUCUGUGUUGCUGGUGUAGUGGUUCUUGCAUGUGUCAUUGUGUGGCUACAUGCGUAAAAAUUGAGAAAAUCAACAACUUGUUCCAGGUUGAUAUCAACAGGCGUGAACAAUGUUGUGCGGCCCACUAUGAACAGUAUUGUCAACAUGUUGUUACAGCAUUGUUCAACUGUAACAACUUGGAACAACAUGGUUGACAACUUGUUCAUAGUUGGCCGCACAACAUUGUUCACGCCUGUCUAUAUCAACUUGGAACAACCUGUGCGUUUUUAACCGUGUAGCUCAUUAGGUUAGGCACCCCUGUGAUCUAGGAUCGAUUCCUGCCAUAUGCAGUUGUCUGACAAAUAGAUAAGAUUUAGCCUGCGAACAGGCUCACUGGGAGAAAGGUGAGCCUGCACGGAACCAUGCGUUUUAUUCAUUCAUCCCCUUUUCGCAUCUGCUAAACGCUAACCAAUCAGCGUCGACUGCGAUAAAUAAACUGUCAACUGUCAAAUUGACGCAAGGCGUGUACAUUCAACAUUGUGCAACAUGAACGAUAAUAAUACAAAGCAUUAGCGGGCCGCACAAUAUAUUACUCGGAAAAAUAUAGAAUUCUUCAAAUAUUAAAUAGAUAUCAAUACACAUACAAAUAUAAAGCCGAAUAAACUACCAUUGGCUUUGAAUGUACAGUAAUACUUGUACUAUGUGCGACUGAAAGAACAAUGUUCUGAAUAUUUUGAAGCUAUUACUAAAAUACGGUCAGAUAGAUUGGGAUUUGGAAUACCGAAUACGUUUAAAAUUUUACUAACUGUGGUCUAAAUAAAUGAUAAAUGAGCAUGUAUUUAUUAAUUUCUUCGAAAUCACAAGUGUGCCAAUAGUGGAAGCCGUAUCGACGACGAAAUUGUCAGCAGUUAAUAUACAGUAAACAGUACAACGUUUAAUGUACGAUAUAUAUUUAUCUAAAUGACAUGCCAGCGAGGAUCGACAAUAUAUAAAUUAUUCGUACAUAUUUGGGUAUCUUUUGUAUGCCUUCGCUUGCUGACUUGCUCACUAAUGAGAAUAAUCCGUGAAGCCACGACGACCUCAAAAUGUACUAUACUAUGGUCUGAUGUCAAUCCGAAGACGAAGUUCAGAAUACUGUUAUAGUUUCGUAUAUUGGAUUUAAGCGAUAGAUUCAAGUCAUUUAUGAUAGACUUUUUUGCUGUGAUGCUUUGCUAUUGCUUUUGGUUUCCAUUUCUAGUUUUAUUUGUUCGAUAGUCCUAUAAUAUAUAUUAAAAUAUUAAAAUGAAUAAAGUUCAAAUUCUUCAAAAUGCUGUUGUUGACAUUUGCUAUUUUUAGUAAUUUUGUCAAGGAGUGUAAGCCAAUCAGAAGCCUGCGUUUCUAUACGAACGCCACUACCAAGAAAACCUAUCAUCCGUGCAGGCCCUCUAUUCUUCGCGCCGCCCGCAACCCAGGGCCUGUUCGCAGGCUAGAUAAGAUUUUGCCGUUGUCUCAGUUAUAGACAUGCAAUAUUAGAUAUGUACACAGUAUGACGUCAUAAUGUGAAGAACAAAAAAGUGGCUCACAAGCCCCCGAGGCGAGGCUACCUUGUCACAUGUGAUGUAAUUCUGUGCAUCUGCAUGUCUUCUAAUAAAAAUCAAAUCAUCAUGACUCUUGACCAUGAAAUCACGAGAUUGUCUAUUUGGCGUGGGUGGGUGGGUCGUGCGUCGUGGGUCGUGCGUCGUGGGUCGUGCGUCGUGGGUCGUGCGUCGUGCGUUAGUAAAUCGCAAAAAAAAAUUAAAACCGAACUAUACAUGAACUGCCAAAAUUUUGCACCAAUCUUUUUAGCUAUAUGCCACAUCUCUAUUAACUAUGACCACAUUGGCAAAAAUGCUGGGUGAACUUGUGGGUGGUUGAAUUUAAUUACAGUAAUUUAACUUGUAAAAGACAUCGGUGACCUCCAAAUUUAGGCUGUUGCGGUAUAUCGAUAAACCGAUAAUUAUCUUUUUUUUAUCAAAAUACCGAUUACUCGAUAUUGGAAUUUUCAAUAUAUCGGAAUAUCGAUAUUUUUCGGUAUUAUCGAUAUCACGUUUACGUUUGUAUAUUUAAACGCCAUAUCAAGCUUUUUCAAAUUUCAAGCGCUGAUUGAAGUUACUCAGAAGGACAAAGACGAUCAAUGUGUUAACUCCGCGGGAAAAUCCGUCAAUUAAGGUUAGAACGCGAUCUAAAACGUGUUUGUUUAUACGUUACGUUGGCGUACGUUGCAAGGUACGGUAAUAUGUCUGAACCUUCUGGCUUCGUUUCUGACUCGUUGGCACUUGUAUCUCUGGUUAUUAUCUCCCCGUCUUGUAAAGUACUUGUUGCUGUCUGUUACCGUCCACCUGACUCCACUAAUGUUUUCCUAAAUGAACUAACCCGCUUUUUAAAAUUUGUCCAAGAAUCGCAAUUCAAAGAUGUUGUUCUAAUUGGCGACUUCAACUACCCUAAUAUCCAAUGGUCUAACGGUUCAGGUUUCUCUACUUCAGCUUCAGAAACUAGUUUCAUUGACAGCAUCACUGAGUUUAGUUAUCUGCAAUUGAUUAACUCACCUACCCGCGGUAGCAACCUCAUCGACCUGGUUUUAACUACAAAUGAACACUUGACCGACAACUUUGAAGUUACUGAUGACGACUCCAUCUCUCUACCCUCUGAUCACAAGGCUAUAUUUUUCGACCUAAAACUCCAUCAACAACCUAAACAAUCCUCCGAACGUGUGGUCUAUAAUUAUGCUAAGGGUGAUUUCGUAGGCCUAUUUAACAGUCUAAGGAACACUCCACUAGUUGAUAUAGUCCUCAACGAAAGUAACAACGUUAAUCUUGCCUGGGCUAAGUGGAAGGAAGCUUUCCUUGCCGCUGUUGACCAUUUCAUCCCCAAAACAAAGCUCAAGCGUUCUUUUACACCCCCAUACAUCACCAAGAACUUACUUCACGCUAUUAAGAUGAAAGAGUCACUAAGAAGAAAGGCAAAGGCUAAGAACUCGCCUGAACUUUGGAAGAAAUUCCGUAAAACUCGGCAACACGUCAAGUGUUGGAUAAAUUCCAAGAAGAGAGAAUAUCUCUCUGGACUGUCCGAACAUGUAUAUAACCCUAAAUUAUUCUGGAGAUUCUUUAAAUGUAAAUCCUCGAAAUCUUCGAUCCCUGACGUGAUGAAGUUGGAAGGUCAGAAACUUUUUUCUGCAAAGGAAAAAGCGGAUGGCUUUAACCAAUUUUUUACGUCAGUCUUCACCUCCGACACAAGUUCUUCACCUCUUUACACUCCCUCUAGUUCAGCUUCUAACUCUCUUGACUCAUUAAAUGUAUCUGAAUCCGAUGUUCAGUCUUUGUUGUCCAAUUUGUCACCCUCUAAGGCUACUGGUCCAGAUGGUAUUCCAGCUUACCUUCUAAAGCGAUGUUCUGAGGUAAUUGCCCCUUCUUUGCCUGCUCUCUUUGAGUUAUCUCUUCAGCAGGGUGUUUUUCCUUCUGAAUGGAAAGCUGCUAAUGUCGUGCCUAUACCCAAAAAGGGUGACACUCAUGAGGUCACUAACUACAGACCAGUUUCCUUACUCUCUCAAGUCUCAAAAGUUCUCGAACGUUUAAUUUUCAGGCAGGUUUCUUCUUUUGUUGAAAACUCCUUGUACGACCUUCAACACGGCUUUCGUUGUAAAAGGUCGUGUGUUACUCAACUUUUGAGUGUACUUCACGACCUUGGUCGUACUCUUGACUCUGGAAAGGAAACAGACCUGAUUUAUCUCGACUUUGCUAAAGCGUUUGACUCGGUGUCCCAUAGCAAACUUUUGUUCAAACUUAAAUCGUUUGGAAUCUCAGGUCCACUUCUUAACUGGUUUGCUGAUUACCUUCGUGAUCGCAAACAGUGUGUUGUCGUUGAAGGAGCUUCCUCAUCUUUUCUUAAUGUUACCUCUGGGGUGCCACAAGGUAGUGUAAUAGGUCCACUUUUAUUCAUUCUUUAUGUAAAUGACCUUCCCGAGGUAACCAAUAAUAGUACCGUUGCACUUUUUGAUCAGCAAAAACAGCAAGUGUUAUCGUGCUAUACGAUCACCAGUUGA